CUAACCGAGUGCCGAACAUGACCUGGCUACGAUGCCUUCUGAAAGCGCGAUCUGCAAUGGUCGUGCAUCCCUAACUCAUCUGAAAAUUCCGAUAAUUUUUAUCCUCAGUCCUGCAUGUUUAUCGUGUUUGGUCCCUCUAAUACCCGCUAAGUCCGAUCAUCGAUGCCGCCAACAUCCUACGCUGCUCCACAGCCUCCGAGUGAAGAGGGGGAGAAGCCGGUCACAGUCUUGGUUACAGGGUUUGGCCCCUUUCUAGAGAAGUUCCCCAAGAACUCUUCUUGGGAGAUUGCGUCUACACUUCCGGCUCUGAUACCAAAGUCACCCAUGAACCACACCCCGAUAAACAUCCGCGUUCACUACGAGCCUAUACGAGUGGCAUACAAUAAUGUCAUCGACCUCGUCCCCAAGCUCCUUCCACCGGCCAACCCUCUCUAUCCUCCUCCAGAUGUUGUGCUGCACAUCGGCCUAGCAGCUGGACGGCAAUACUUCGCCAUCGAGCAAGGGUCCCAAGGUCGUGGAUAUGGAAAGAUUCCCGACGUAGACGGCCAACGAUUCGAAGAUUCCGAAAUGGAAAAGCACUUCCCAUCUUCAAAGUAUCCGCCCAAGCUGAACACUAGUUUUGGUACAUCCGAAGUCCUCGCGCACUGGAAGGCCAAUCUAGGUUACACAUCUGUCGAUGGCACUACGGUCGACGAGGGAUGUCCCGACGUGCGGAUUAGCAAUGAUGCUGGGAACUUCUUGUGCGGCUUCAUCUACUAUAAUAGCUUAGCGCACUACUUCAGCAUCAAGGAGGACGAGAGGCCUGUCGUGUUCCUCCACGUACCCGAUCUAAGCGAUAGUGCAGACAAGCUAAGAGAAGGAUGGGAGGCUACAGUUGCGCUGAUUAAGGCCUUAGUCGAAAGUAGACGGAAAGCGGGCGGCAAAGUCGUUGACGGAGAUGAGAAGGAUGAAAGACGGGAAAAUGGCACGGUGGAAACGCACACGGAUAACAAUUUCGCAUAGAAGGAUCAGAGAAAGGCGCAAGGAGUAGUGGCUUGUAAACAAAUAUACUACUGCCAACCCGGAUUGGUUAGAGCAGAACGCCCUUUUGAGCCCCGCAAUAUCCUUGGCCGUAAGCCUAGAGAUUCAUCAAUUGGUUAGACAUCUUCGAUAUCUCUUUUGCAAUCGACAGUUACGCCCGUA